AUGGAGCAACACACAAACAACACAAAGUCAUUUGAUGUUAUCAUCAUCGGCGCUGGUAUUUCUGGCAUCAACGCAGCAUACCGUCUCCAAACAGAAGGCCCUUCAAAUCUCACCUACGCCAUCAUUGAAGGUCGAGACUCUAUCGGCGGUACCUGGGAUCUGUUCAAGUACCCUGGUAUCCGAUCAGACUCUGACAUUUUCACAUUUGGCUUCCCCUGGAGUCCCUGGAAACGCAAUGACUCUUUAGCCCCGGGCGAUGAGAUCAAGAAUUACAUGAUCGAAUCAGCUCGCUCGGCUGGCAUAGAUCAUCACAUCUGUUACAACCAUGCCGUCAAGACCGCCAACUGGUCUACUAGCGACAAGAAAUGGAACCUCGAAGUGUUUCGAAGUGGUGAUGAGAAGCCUACUUCUUUCCAAGCUAGAUUCUUGCUUCUCGGAACGGGUUACUACGACUACCAGACACCUUUGCAGGCUGUCAUUCCUGGAAUUGAGCGGUUUCAAGGCAAAGUUAUCCACCCUCAGUUCUGGCCUGAAGACUACGACUACACCAACAAGAACGUCGUAGUCAUCGGGAGCGGCGCCACGGCCGUCACCAUCGUCCCAUCUGUUGCAGAUAAGGUUAAGCGAGUCACUAUGCUUCAGAGAAGUCCCAGUUACAUCUUCCCUCUUCCUUCUAGCAGCUUCUUCACACGCCUUCUCUUCACCAUCCUCCCAGCUAGCAUCGCCCUUUUCAUCAACCGUCUUCUGUGGCUAGUCAGGAGCUAUCUCACCACAAUCAUGUGCAAAUCCUGCCCUGGCCUAGCCAAGAAGAUCAUCAAGCACGUCACCAUCAAGCAACUCCCUCCAAACGUCAAGUGGGAUCCUCACUUCAAGCCCCGCUACAACCCAUGGGAGCAACGCUUCUGCGCCUCCCUGGACGGCGAUUUCUUCGCUGCCAUUCGUUCUGGAAAGGCAGAUGUGGUGACCGAUACGAUCAAGACCGUCACGGAGAAGAGCAUCGAGCUUGAGUCUGGGGAUGUGUUACAUCCUGAUUUGAUCGUGACAGCGACGGGUCUCAAGGUUCGUUUUGGAGGCGGCAUCAAGUUUAGCAUGGAUGGCAGUGAGUUCAACGUGUCUGAUAAGUUUGCCUGGAAGGCUGCCAUGCUCGAGGAUGUGCCCAACUUGCUUUUCAUGACGGGAUACGAGAAUGCAUCGUGGACUUUGGGUGCCGACGUCAGCGCUCGACUGUGUGUGCGUAUUCUGCGCAAGAUGGAACAAACAAAGGCUGUUGCUGUGAUUCCACGUCUGACUUCUUCAGAGGGUAUGCCCGUGAAGCCAAUGAUGAGCCUCUCUUCAACAUACCUGAAGAACGCUGGCUCAGUGUUUCCCAAAGGUGGCACAGGUUUGUGGAGUCCCAAGUCUAAUUACUUUUCGGAUAUGGCUGGUGCGAAAUGGGGUGAUAUCACUUCAGGGCUGGAGUAUGUUUCAUAG